AUGAUCAGAGAAGUGACCCAUAAAGUUUCCUCUAGCUGCUUGAAGGAACGAGAGAUUGAUCUGAAGGAAAUCAUUAGCAAUGUUGUCAUAGAUCGAAUCUUGUUUGAAUUGAAAGCGCCUAUGGACAGUACAAGGUCCCUUCAAAAGGGGAGGAUCCGCAAAAGGGAAGCAACGAGAUACCUAUCACCAUCCAAACAGCAGCUGCCUGAUAGGUCACAGUUUGUGCGCAAAAGCUACCCUCAUCGCCAGUCAAGAUCCAAAUCAAAGACUCGUCUCAGGCGCGAAUCAAUCUAUGUUGCACGUCACGUCAAUCAAUGCAUUGGAUCAAAUUCCGCUCUUUCCAGUCAAAUUAUCGCAGCAUGCCAGGAAGAGAAUCAAUCAGCUUCAUGCCUUGCCUCGGGAAGCCUCAGCAUCCGAUCGCUACCCCGUGAAAUCGAAAUCCAAGAGACAGAAGAGACCAGGAAUCAUGCAGCACGGUCCAUCCAAAAUGAAACCACACGCUCCAAAAAGCCACCAACUCGAGAUCUGAGUUCGCGUAUUCCCUACUUUACGUCGGCCAACAAAAGCCUCUCGCUGGGAGCUGGAAGUAAUCAUACCGUAUGA